AUGGAUUCUGCUGUGGGGUUUGGGAGGGACGGGCAAGACGGAGGCUGCCUGGCGAUUUUAUUCAACGCAUCACAAGAAGUGAGGUCGUCGCGUGGCGUCGCGGAAUUAGCUAACAAGUCUAGAUUUCUUCACAGCUUCUGGAUCGACAGUGGCGGUACCGACCAGGACCUCACGAAGGGCUUCCUGGCCAUGGCCGAAAAGAUUGGCCUGGGUAAGGAGGAUCCCGUGAGCAAAAUCGUUGCAUGGCUGGGCGAUCAAGAACACGCCUGGUUGCUCGUGCUCGAUGAUGUGGUCGAAUAUUCCAACCUGAUAUCCUGCUUACCGUCCAUCGGCAAUGGUGUCGUGCUUGUGACAUCGACCAACAGAAUUUCAGACGUCGAUUUCACCCAGCGGUUUCACCUUUCGGAACUAGAUCCCGAGGAGGCGAUGGAUCUGCUUGUGCGCCGUAUGGAAAGACCUUGUCGACAGGCGUCGGAGAGGGAAGUGGCAGUACUUCUACUGCGGAGCCUGUGCCACCUUCCGUUGGCGAUCCAUAUCGCAGGGGCCUAUAUUCGAGAUCAGAAGUACACGGUACAACAGUACCAUAGCCAGUGGCGGCAAUAUUUCUGGGCGCAGGAGAAACUCAAAUCGGCCGAUUCACGCAUAGCAGCGACAUUCCAAUUGAGCUAUGACCGUAUUGCGAAACAAUAUGCCGAUGGCUCUUCGACCGUGCAGCUCCUCACUCUCUUGUGCUUUCUCCGUCCCCAGAAUGCCUCGGAACAGAUUUUGGACGAAACCUGGCACGUCCUGUACGGCGAAACGGGCCUGGAAGAUCGUGAAGCCUUUCAGCAGUUCGUGAUAAGUGUCCUGUCACACGGAGAAAGCGGUCAAUGGGAUCGGGCGCGCGACAAGGUUCGAAAUUCUUUAGCCCUGCUGGAAUCAUACUCUUUCCUGGUGUUCGCCGAUACGGGCGACAUUUACGUCCAUUCGCUCGUCCACGAGUGGUGUCGACGUCGCUUGACCGCCGAGGACUGGGCUAAGUGGUGGAACAGAGCAGCGGUAACACUGUUGCUAUCAGCCUCUGGCGAACAGGAUGGAUCGUUCUAUCGGAAAGUUGCGUCUCACCUCGAUCACCUAACCAGGUUGGACGAAGCCGCCGUCUUCAAACUCCAGUGGCCUGGGGAAGGAGAUGACUACGAAGUCGCACGUCGCUUUGUUGAUGUAUACCAAGCCAGUGGCAGAUUUUCGGAAGCUUACAGGAUGCAAAAACAGAUCUGCGAGAGGCUUGAAACUUGCGAGCGGCCGGAAAUGCCUUCUCAAGUGUUCGUCGAAUCUCUUUAUCUUCUGUCUAGCCUCUGUACGGACGCUGGGGAUGAUCAGGAAGCCUUGCGUGUUGCGCAACAGGCGCAGAUGCUCGCUCGCAAACGAUGCGAACCAGCCAUGACGACAGAAUUGCUCAUAUGCCAGCAGCGACUUGCAGAGUGUCAGAGAGCCCUCGGGCAGUUCGAAGCAGCUUAUAAACUUCGGGUGCAGAUUCUGGAUGGAUGCAAACAUGUCCUUCGCGGUGAGGGUGACGGUCAUCACGAGCUUCGGGCAAGGCGAGACGUAGCCAUCAGCCUGGCAGACAUAGGCAAACACGAUGAGGCUCUCCAAGCUCUCGAGAAAAUCACAGAUGAGCAGAAGAAUUGCUUGUCGUCAACUGAUCAGGAUUUGCUCGUCACGAGAAGCGCAUUGGCGCGUGCAUACAGCUGGACCGGCCUCGAGGAGAAAGCAUUAGAACAGCGGAAUAUCCUUCUGGACGCCCAAAAGAUUCGCGACGAAGACCACACAGAUACCCUUGUCGCGAUGCAAGAGGUGGCAGAUAGUCUGAGCAAGCUAGGUUUCUCUCAGAGAGCUCUUGAGAUCAACCAAGAUCUGGUUCAGAAAUGGACCGCGAAGAACGUCCCCAAGUAUCAUCCUUCCUUGCAUCCGGUCAGCUUUCCAAAGGGCUCCAGCUUCACCGAGAUGAGAGCCAAGACCGAGAAGAUCUUGAACGAGCGGUCAAAUGCUGUUCCAGAAUACCGCAGACAGUACUGGAAAGCCAUGAAUAGCUUGACGCAACUAGACGGCGUCGCAGAAAGGAUCCAACGGAGAAAGGACAUUUUGAGAAGCCAGGAAGUGAAGGACGACGUUGGCGCGAUGCGGACUGUCAUUGACCUCGCUCGUGACUACAUCAUGAUACGAGAUUUCCCAAAUGCCAUACAUCGGCUUGAGACACUUCUCGGCGACACAAAGAGCAAGACAAGACUGGGAGAGCACCAUCCCCUUAUGCUUGAAGCGAUGCAGACAUUGAUUAAGGCGCAGUUCAAAUCAAGGCAGUUGACAGACGCUGUUAGCUGGUUACAACGACUUCUCCGGGCCCAAAGCGAAAGCCUUGGAAGGCAAAGCCCCGAAACGAUAAGGACCGCCAGACAGUUAACGGCGGAGUUAAGAUCGAGGAAGCGGGAUGCUGCUGCCCAACAAAAGGCAGCGCAGUUGGAGCGAACCUACGAACUCCGGGCGCCGUCCGGUUCUUGA